UAAUAAUAAUAAUGUCAUUGAUUAAGAUUUUAAAUAAAUGACGAUAUUAAAUGUAUAAAAUUUCAAAGUGAAAAACAAUAACAACAAUAAUUAUCAUCGCAACAACGACCACGGUCACCAGUAUUGAUAGUUUCUAUUUUUUUGUUUUGUUGAAAAAUUUCAAUCAAAAAUGUUUUCACGUUUCAAAUUUAUUCUGGUUCCAUUGCCAAAAUUACAACGAUAUCGUUUUGGUGUUAAAUUUCGUUAUCAAACAUUCAUGCGAUUAAUACAUUUCAUACAGUUGGCCAUAUUGAUGGUCAUAUUUUUAUGGUCGAUCAAGAUAAUUUUAAUAAAUUUUGUAUUUACUACAAAUGAACAAGAACUACAUUUAGUCAUUGAUGAUUAUAAUGAUGAAGAAGAUAAUGAUGCCAAAGAAUCUUAUAUCGAUCAAAUCGAUGCUCGAUCAUUGGGUCAACGUGUUGAAUUACCUAUUCCGGAUGAAGAACUAACUACUAUUUUGACUACAACAUUAUCUAUUGAAUCUUAUACAAAUAUGACGACUUUAUCAUCAACGACAGAAUCAUCGAUUAUAAUUGAAGAUCAAAAUGAAAAUUCAACUCCUUCAAUGGAUGCUAAACAACCUUCAACAGUAGUAAGUACUAGUGAAGAAACGAAUGAAGAAACAUAUACUCCAUUAUUCGAUAUUGGAGAUUCAACACCUGGUUAUUCAACUACUGAAUCAUCAUCAUCUACCGAAGAUAUAACUGAUUCCUCAGUUGAUUUUGAAAUUCCGAUGACGACAAGUACAUUCACUACUGACAUAGAAGAUGCAUCGACUUUAUCGAUACCAUCCACAACUGUUGAUCAAAUAGACGAAAGGACACCCGACAUUAUAAGUACUUCAUCGACAACAUCUAUUCCGAUUAUGGAUGUUACUCAAAUGGCAACUAUGAGCGGUGAUGGAAUUUCUAGUUCGGAAUCAACUACAGCUGAAUCAUCUACUAAUACCUUAUCCAUUUCAACCAUCUCUCCUGAUGAUGAAGCAUUUUCUACUGAACAAGAAUCCAGUACAACAAAUGUUCCUGAUAUGAUGAGUACUGAAACCGCGGAACGGACCGCAAUUCCUGAAAUUUCGACAUUAAUGUCAACCUUCAAUUCAGCAGAUGAACUUACAGAAUCAACUCCAACUGAAACGACAACUUCAAAUGAUAAUUCAUUGAUGACAGAUUCUACCAUAAAUUUUAACUUGAUGACCACAACAGAAAUGAGUUUGAAUACUGAAAUACCAUCAUUUUCAACUGUAACAGCGACAUCGAUUGAUGAAUUCACUAGUGAAGUGAAAGUCGAUGAAACUACAAAUCUACCACCAACCUCUACAACAAUGACAAAAGAAUUUGAGCCAACCGAUAUGAACAGUGUCGAUAUUGAUAGUCAAAUGCCAUCAUCAUUUGAUCAGAAUAAUGGUGUUGAUUCAUCGACCGCUAUCCCAGAAGAAAUGCCAAUAACACAAACAGUGAGAUCAACAACGGCAAUUAAUGAAGAAACAGAUCAGGAGUUUACAACUGAUCAAGCUAUUUCAUCGCAUACUAUCGAUAUGGGAAUGACCACUAGGUUAAUGGCAGGACCAGAUGAAACUUUGCCAUUAGAACCUAUUUCAUCUACGACACAAUCAAUUCUUAUGGAAAUGACUCCCACAACAACUGAAACAAUUAUAAACACCGAAGGUGAUGAUGAAUCAAGAACAAAUGAACAACCCACUACUGAUCAAGUGGAAAUAAUUACAACAUCGACAACAACCGAAGCUCCAGUUAUAAUCGAAACAAUAACGGAAGAGCCAACAACUACUAUAUCAACACCUAUUGAAGAACGAGUCCCUAUUACAACAAUAUCACCUGCUACUAAAACUGAUAAACCAUUAUCGACUUCAACAGUUUCGGAUUGGGAUCAAUCUACCACAACUAUGAUGACUACAAUUACUACAUUGGUGCCAAAAAAAACUAUGACAACAAUUGGUUCGACUAAAACGAUGUCGAAACGUCCAACACAAUCAAAUGGUCGGCCUUCAAAUACACCGUUUUGGAUGCGUUUUUGGCCAUCCAGUAAUGAAGGUUGGAAUUCACAGAUUAAUCCUUGUGUUCGAUGGUCACAUUCAUCUGAUAUGGAUAACGAUGAACAAAGAACUGAAUCACAAUGGUCAAUAUUACCAUCACAUAUACAUAAAUUAUGGCAACGAAUGUUUCGUCUGAAUCAUUAUCGUUGUCAAAUUUCUAAUGAACGGCGAAAUAUUCAACAUGGUUUAAUAUUAGCACUUGAACAAUAUCGUGAUCGUAUAUCAAAAGAAAUAAUAGCAUUAUCAGAAAUAUUACGACCAAUUGAACCAGAAGGUUCACAACAAUAUGGUUAUGGUCGUGGUUUUUUUCGAUCAAAUUCAAAAACACAAGAAGAAUUGGUACGAUUAAAUCGUUUAUUACAAUUAACAUCAAAUUUUCUAAAACAAUUGAAUCGUUUUAAUCAUUAUGAAUGGCUUACCAAUUAAUUAGAUCGAUUCAUUUUUCGAUUUAAAAAAAAACCUUGAUAAUUUUUUUUUU